AUGCAAAUACAGAAACUGCGCCAGUCGUCUGAAAUAGCUAAUGUUAUUCGAAAGGUCAUCGACGUUCAACUCAACACCACUGCAGUUCGCCUAUUGAACACAGGAACUGGGCUCUUAUGUGACCGAGAAGCGCAGAUAAGCGCCUUCAAAACCAGCACGGAGUACACGAACCUCCUGUUGUCAAUUAUACAGCACCCUGACCUCCAAACGGAGCGCGUCAAAGAAGCAGUGGCGACGUACUUCGGUUGGGUCAUGCUAUCGCAUAGGUGGGAAGGGAAGGAACCGCUGCUACAUGACAUCAAGGACAAGGUCGUGUACGAGUUGGAGGCAGCUGGUGGUCUCGUAAAGCUGCAGUCAUUCUGCAAAAUUGCUCGUGAUGCGGGGUAUCACUGGGCGUGGGUUGAUUCGUGUUGCAUCGAUCAGCGUGACAACGUCGAGCUUCAAAAAUCACUGAACUCUAUGUUCACAUGGUACCACAAUUCAGCGCUCACGAUUGUCUACCUGGCGGAUGUUCCGCCUUCGUCCAAGCCUGGCGCAAUGGCGAAGAGCGCUUGGAACACCCGAGGAUGGACUGUCCCCGAAUUCCUCGCUUCUAAAGUCAUUCGCUUCUACCAACAGGAUUGGACUGCAUAUCUCGGGGACAACUCCCCCAACCACAAGGAGUCUGUCAGCAUCAUGGAUGAGUUGGAGGAUGCAACGGGCAUAGAUGCACACGCCCUCAUUGCUUUCCAACCAGGGAUGAGAGACGCCCGAGAGAAGCUCCAAUGGGCGUCUACGCGUGUCACCACCGUGCCGGAAGACAUUGCAUAUUCAUUGUUUGGUAUCUUCGGCGUCCAACUACCCAUCCUUUACGGCGAGAAUAAGCAAAAUGCGCUUGGGCGGCUCCUGCAAGAGAUUGUGGCUCGGUCGGGCGAUAUUACUGCCCUGGACUGGGUCGGACAACCAUCCGAGUUCAAUAGCUGUCUUCCUGCCGACAUUUCCUCAUAUGCAGCUCCGCCAUUCACACUACUAUCCUUGUCUGAAGAUGAGAUUCAGACAAUGGUCUCUUCGCUGCAAAAUACCAUGACCGCGGACCUGGCUUCGAAAUUUUAUAACCAGCUUAAGCAGUUGGAACCCCCUCGCUUCUCAAACUGCAGACUCCGUCUGCCUUGCAUCACAUUCCCUGUCACAGAAGUCAGACGGAAGCAUGGUCCAGCCGAGGAAACCCAUUUCACGUACGGAGUGAAGGCAGAUGGGCUUCAUGACCUGCUGAUCACCACCGACGAGAAAUUGAUUCAAUUCUCAAGGACAAGGCCUACUCGACAGACUUUCUUACUUGUCCUUCCGUGGGAUCGUUGUCUCCUCGAGCUGCCUGACUUCGAAGGUGAUGCGGAGAGCUCAGGAGAUUGGUCCGAGCCCGAAUCUCCAUGGGACGAGUCGCCCGGUGUUUCUCCUGUAGAACAGGAGUCGGCUAAUUCGGAACCUUACUUACGAGCAUUACGAUUGAUCGCUCGCCUUGGACAACCAUUCGGCGCAUUUUUGUUAGUGCAGCAGCGCGGCGGAGAAUACAAGAGGAUUGCUUCGGAUCAUGAUAUUGUUGCAGAAGUCAAAGAGGUAGUGUCUAUUAACAACAUGAUGGACGGGGUUAAGACCCUAGAAAUAUUGUAGCAGCAUGUAUUUUUUUGAAGGUCAGAUAUCUCAGGGCGGUCGUCAUUCUUACCUUCAUGAUAUAUAUGCAUACACAGAUAUCGUACAAUUUCCUUCGAAGCAGACGUUAGAAACUAACCACUCAUCACGUAUUCGUACUUCUCUGCCUUACACCAUCAAUACCCUCUCAAAUCUUCCUCCGCAGUCGCUCGAUCAUCGAACGCCAACAACCACGUCCGUGAU